AUGGCAUCGAACAGUAGCACGAUCGACAUACCUAGCUCGGUGGUGGUGCGGAUCCAAAAGUUUCGGUUGACGCCGUCGAAGGCGGCGAUCACAGCGCUGGUGUUCAAGAUCGAUCGAAAGACGCUUACGCUCGAGAUCGAGGAAGAGCUCACGACCGGGUUGACGUGCGUGGAAGAUUUAAUCCAAGAACUGCCCGAGAACUCACCACGCUUCUUGAUCGUCAACUACAAACUCAACCAUCGUGACGGACGGGUAUCGUACCCUCUAUUCCUCCUCUACUGGGCACCCCAAACUUCCCCCCUCGACCUCUCCACCCUGUACGCCUCAGCACUCAGCAACUUCAGCGUGAAAUCCGACGUCGCCAAAGUAAUCGACGUCCGAGACGCCGAAAUCUCAACCUCACAACUCAACCAGAGAUUGGGCGCCUAA